CUCACAAUUUAAACAUCAACAUGCCCAAAAGUUGGGCCGAAAUUGGCGUGUCCCUUCACAAAGAAGUAAGCAAUGGCAUCGAUUCGUUCAAUUUUCCGACAAUGACGCCGGUACAGGCGGCCACAAUUCCACAAUUGAUCAACAAAAAAGAUGUUGCAGCCGAAGCCGUGACUGGAUCCGGAAAGACUUUGGCUUUUUUAGUGCCUCUUUUGGAUAUUCUGAAAAAACGAGAAGAAAAAUGGAAGAAACACGAAGUGGGAGCUGUUGUCAUCAGUCCUACGAGGGAAUUAGCCUUGCAAACCAAUCAAGUGCUAGAUCAACUGCUACAACAUGUUUCUGGAUUGUCUCAGCUAUUGUUGGUUGGAGGCAACAGUGUGGAAGAAGAUACAAAAAAAUUCAAAGACAAAGGUGGCAACAUUCUUAUAUGUACUCCAGGCAGACUGGAGGAUCUAUUAACUAGAAAAUUUGAUCUCAAUUUGCCUAAUGCUGUAAAAAGUCUUGAGAUUUUAAUUCUGGAUGAAGCUGACCGGUUACUUGAUUUGGGUUUUCAAAAGUCUUUGGACACGAUAUUGAGUUAUUUACCAAGACAAAGACGAACAGGACUGUUCUCAGCCACUCAAACUAAAGCUGUGGAAGAUUUAAUCAGAGCGGGACUUAGGAAUCCUGUCCUGGUAAGUGUUUCAGCCAAGGCCAAAGAAAGCACACCACUUUCGCUGAAAAACUAUUACAUCGUCACGAGAAACGACGGCAAACUGGCCACCCUAUUGUCCUUCAUCCAUGAGAAACACGUACGAAAAGCAAUGCUGUUCCUUCCGACUUGUGCGUGUGUGGAUUACUGGUCGUCAGUAUUCGGUAAAAUCUUACCGAAACAACUGAAAAACGAGUUGCAAGUUAUGGCAAUUCACGGUAAGAUGAAGGACAAACGCAACAAAAUCCUGGAUAGUUUCAGAAAAUGUGACAAUGCUUUGCUGCUGUGUACCGACGUAAUGGCUAGGGGAAUCGACAUUCCGGAAGUGGAUUGGGUUUUACAGUGGGAUCCACCGGCGAAUGCCAGUGCCUUCGUCCACAGAGUUGGCAGGACGGCCAGACAGGGACAGGAAGGCUGCAGUUUGAUUCUCCUAUUGGAAAAUGAAGAGAGCUAUGUCCAUUUCAUUGAAAAGAAUCAACGCGUCAAGCUCAUCAGUGAACCGGACACGGCCACCCAAGAUAAUGUGAUUGCAUUGAUGGACCAAUUGAGAAACAUACAAAAACAAGACCGAGCAAUUAUGGAAAAGGCCACGAGGGCGUACGUUUCACAUGUUAGAGCGUAUUCCAAACACGAGUGCAAUUUACUAUUAAAAGUCAAUGAACUACCUUUAGGAAGUAUGGCAGUUACUUAUGGACUGUUGCAGCUGCCGAAAAUGCCCGAAUUAAAAAAUAGAGAUUUGUCAGACUUUAGGCCGCUCGACAACGACGACCUAGACAUCACGACGAUUCCCUAUAAAGAUAAAGCCAGAGAAACCAUCAGGAAACAGAAACUGGAACAGUACAAAACAACAGGAGUUUGGCCAGGACACAAGCCCAAGAAUAUUAAAAAAGCUACGGAACCCUGGUCAUUGACCAAACAGAAAAAGGAGGAAAGAAAAGAAAAGAGACAGAAAAGAAAGGAAAAGAAACAAAUUAAGAUCGCAAAUAAUCAGCCGUUGAAAAAGAAGAAACGCAAAGGAGUAAUGAGCGAAGAAGACUUGGAAGAAUUGAAGAAAGACGUUGCAUUAAUGAAAAAGUUUAAAAAGAAGAAAAUCUCUGACGAAGACUUUGACAGAGAGUUUUGUUCGUAAUUUGCGUUGUGAAUAAAUAAUAUUUUGACAAACUG